GGUGGUGAGAAUUGGAGGUGUGUGAGGAGGGAGGGUGUGAAGGGGGAGGGUGGUGAGAAGUGUAGGAGAGAGACAGGGGGUGCUCCUUUUGUCCCAGCUGUGGUCGGUCGCCUCGCUGAGACCCCCUGCCACCCAGCUCCAGUGUAGCUCUCUUUCCAAGACCUUUUCCACCGUAACUCUUCCUUUCUUCCUCUCCUCUCUCCCCGUGGCUGGCCCCCUCCCCUCCUCCAGUUGGGCAGAGCUUUGCUCCAAACUCCACACGUGACGUUGUCUUCAGUCCUCCGAACGUAUCCUGAUCGUGCCUCUUCCUCUCCUUGUGUUUCUUGUGUUUCUUGUGGUGCCUCUCUCGCUCCUUCCUCCCUCCAUCUUCCCCCUCCUCUUUACCUCCAUGCAGUCUGGAGAUUGGCAGAGAUACCUUCAACUCCUUCACAUCCCCCUUUCCCCCUCCUCCAACAACUUCCGAGGAUGACGACGAUGAUGAAGAAAGAGCAGAAGAAGAAAUGGAGGAGAGAGAGGAGGAGAGAGAGGAGGAGGAGGAGUGUAGAGAGAUCCUGAGUGGUGGGAUGGCAGGUCGCUCCACUCCAACGCCACCCCCUACUCCCAACUCUGCAGAUUCAAAGACAAGAGGAUUCGAGUUGCUUCCACCACCACUGCCUUCUGUUCGACUGUGUUUAUGGUGGCUCUUGCGGUGAUGAUGGUGGGUCUUAUGUUUCUGCUGCGGCUGCUGCUGAGUCUCACUCCAGUCUUCUUGCUGUUGUUGUUGUUGGAGGGAGUCCAGGUCAAUGGAGACACAUAAAGAAGAGGGAAGAGAGGAGACGGAUGGUGGGGGGCCCAGGUGAAGCGGUAGUUGUGGAGUGUGUGGAGUAUAGAAGGCUGGAGUUGGGAAAGCUGCAGCCGAGUGGCCGUGCGACGAGCGCUUCUUGUGGUGUUUCUUGUGCUUUCCCAUCUCCUCGGCAGCCUCGGCAACAAGCCAACCAAGGAGCUUCCAGACUACGAGCUAUCUAGCUGGAGAACGCGCGCCGACCACGCGAGUAAGAAGUGGGCGUGACUCCAUCGAGUUCGAAAAACAGGCGGCAAGUAGCAAUGUCGUCGUCCGCGACGGCACUCCCAGCAGAGAGGGUGGCAGAGCUGCGGCAGGCCAUCCACUGCCAGGUGACCAAGAUGGGGAUAAAGGGGCAGAUCCAGCGAUGCCUCGCCGACUCCAGAGACCGGCCUAUGGACGAAGAGCGUGUGUUGCAGCUGUUAGAGAGCAGAGGUAUCGUGGAGAGCGUGAUGCAGUCGCUUCAGCUGGAUGGGAAGAGGGAGAGGAAGGGAGAGGUGGGGCGGAGAGGAGACAGAGAAGAAGACAUGGGUGCGGAUGAUGACACGACGAAGGAGGGUGGGAGGGGGUGUGUAUGUGAGGAGGUGAGACUGGAGAAGAUGGUGGAGGAGGUGAGUGAAAGACUGGACCAACGAACGGGGGAAGAGGUCCCAAAAAGAGGCCAGUUCCCUGCGCCUGUGAACCUGAUUUCUCGGAGGGCUUUCUCCUGGAACUGCUGGACAGUCGAGGGGGGAGGAGGAGGAGGGAGGGCGAUGGCUUACGCUGACGCACUCGCGAUAUCGGAGCCAAUUCGACUGGUCGUAACGAGGCACAAUGAGAGGGGCGAACGUGACCUCGUGGGGACGUAUGACCUCGAUUGGAGGUCGGUUCUGACAGACGAGAGAGGGAAAUGGUCGGGAACUGCAGAACUGAGCGGAGUCGGUACUGAGUCCAAGAUAUCCUCAGGUCUGCUGGAACUCAGACUGGAAGUGUUCCCCAAAUCACCAUCGUUAGAGAGGGUUUACCUCUCCGGACACCGUGAGACGGAGCGGCAGCAGGCCGGCGAGAGCGACAGGCUGUUUCUGGUGUACUCCAGGCAGUGGUGGCGCGAGUACCUGCAGAUACGACCUGAACACGGUCAGCGAAUGGUGAAGAUAUUUGCGAUGGACGAGUCUGGGAAGAAUCGCUGCGUGUGUAGCUUCGUGAGGCCGCUGAGGGCAGGGAGACUGCUGGACGGGCCGAGACAGGCGGCGAGGUACAGACAUGUGCCCUUUGACCCCAACAACCAAGCUGGAGCUCCACCCACUUCCCCCACCCACCCAUACCGCACAGUCGGCUGUCUGUUCAACCACGCCUCCUUCCUGGCCAACACUCAGCCGAGUGACUCCGCCCUCACCUGCAGGUUUGACCUGUGGAACAGGUCUCUGUGGAAGAGGAUGAGCAGCGAGGCUCUGCUCUCUAUCCCUCGUCAGAGGAGGGAUCAGUUGUGUUGGUCUCUCCUGCCUCCCACCCUGGACUCGGUGACUGCUGCCAAUGUGCUGGAGCAAGAACUGAGGACCCUGCUGACUCAGCACAGAACCGACCUAGGUCUGAGUACCGUGUGGGACGACUGUCUCUGCUACCUGCUGACACCGGCACUGGCGAGCUACGAGCAGGAGCGGUGUGGGGGAGGGGGGAGUGAGGGGACGGAGGAAUUCCAGGAGGCCGUCAGAGCCCACGUGGAGGAGGGACACACAUUCAAGGGAUUCCCAAUCCAGCUGCCCCACUGCAGCCCUCGCCGAGCCUUUCUCACCUGCCUCAGAUCUCCGGUGUGCAGUGAGAUAGUUGGCUGCCGUGGCGACCAGGUGAGGCUGGCGCUGAGGGUCAAAGUUUACACGUAUCCCGAGGAAGUGGUGGCUGUUUGGAUCAUGAUUGCCGCUACCUACUGCAGUGUACUCUGCCACUGAUUAUUGUCAUGUUGGCUUAUGUGUCAAUGUCGGUGUGUGUAUGUAUACGGUGCUCAUGAAUUUUGGAGAUUCAAAAAGCAAAUACACACAUACACUGUGUUUUUACAUGUUGUAUAAUGUAUUGUGUGUAGAAAUAAUGAGGUGAGGGAGUUAGUUUGGCUGUCUCAAUGCUGCUAGCCUGCAGAGAGAGAGAGAGAAGAUGGAAAAUUGGGUUUUAUAUAGCAGGCCAGCAAAUCAAAAAGAGGAGAAAGCAUACAAGGUUUCAACAUUUUGAGACAUAUUUUGAGUUCCUGUGUGUGUGUCACGUGUGCGUGAAAGAGAGAAGACCUGCGAGACAGCUGUUCCUCCU